AUGUCCCUGGUCACAAGGUUAUUAUCCACCAAAGCUCCCAAAUCAACACCCAAUCUUCCUGUUUCUCAACAAGCCAUCCCUCUUACCUCUUUCCAUCCCAGUAUAGCCAAGCUCAUCAAACAUCAUCUCCGACAACAUGACACUGGCAGCAUGGUCAUCCGCAAUCCAUUCCUUCUUCAUAAGCUUCCGAGACUCCCCUCACACCUCACAGAAUCUCCUUCUAAAGUCGAAGUACCUUCACCUAACGUCAUCGUACCUCGCUUCUCACGUCGCGCUCAGAAAAAGAUGGUCUCUCGAUACCCCCUUCGGUCCCUGCCGCCGUCUCCUGUGGUGGAUGCAAACUCGACGACGACGGUACAGACUCCUCAAGGGGAGGUCGAGAUACUCUGGGACGGGGAUCCAACACCAAAAGAGCACAAGACGCCAUACGAUGGGAGAAGAUUACGAUUCAAAGGACAUAAAUUUCAACGACAACGGUCACAGCGAGAGAAAGAGCUGAGUGAUCGUAUGGCUGGCAUGGAUAAAUUGGUAGCGGAUUGGAGAAAGACGUCAGCGGAGACCAAAUCAUCUACACGAUCACAAUUACCAUUCUGA